CGAUCAACACGCUAGGAGAGCUUUUCCAACUCCUCGGGGCUUUGCCAAGAGGUCGCUGGGUUGAAUCACCUUCAUUCAUACUCCACCCACCUAUCCGGUUGCUUAGCCUUAACUCCCAUUCGUUUUAACAAGUGGAAGACUGGCUCUUUUCACUUCUUCUCUGUACUGACCCUAGUCGUUCGAUUCGCAAAAUAAACAAAAUGCUGAGAGGCAGAUUCGGUGACAGGAAAGCUUCGGGGAGCUCUCCAAAAACUUCUCCUAGACUGGCCGGCCCAGCUGCCGUGAAACUACUGGUUGGGCCAGACAGCCAGGAGUUUCUGGUCCCGAGAGAUAUUCUAGCAUCAUGCUCGUAUUUCCGGCGGCACCUCGACAUGGCGCGCAUCGAGUUUGAUAAAGGCCAGCCUCACCUCGUUAUGACCUUGGAGGACCAAUGCCCGGAUACGUUCGAACUGUUCGCGUACUGGUUGAACGGACGCAGGAACUUUGAUAAAUUUAUCGAUGCCGCCGAAGCCAACAAUUCCUGCCAAGAACUUCAUUGGGAUCUAGUCAACCUACACCUGUUCGCCGCCCAGAUCGAGAUUUCCGCCUUGCAAGAUUGUACUAUGGACGCCAUACAAGAUGUAUACCUUCGGUGCAACUGGGACAUCAACCCGAAACUCAUUAAUUACGUUUACCAGGCGACCGACCCGCAGGAGAGCUGCCGACUACGAAAAUGGAUCGUCGCGAUGACGGCCUGGACACUUGACGGCGUAGUGACGACCGAGAUGGCCAACAACAUCCAGCGCCUCUUCGACCAGUUUCCCGAUUUCUGGACCGAGUACCACAGCCACAUGCGCAAGAUGGCUCAGACCGGGCUGGAGGGUCACUUCAAGAACCCCCAACUUAGACUGCCGUCCAAUAACCUCCGCAACGAGGAGCGACAGUUCGGCUUCCGACAGUGUUCGUUCCAUACCCAUCGGUCGACCGUCGGGCAGGGCAGAUGUCCACACGCCGCGUUUCUCUCGCCCCUCGCGUCAUCACCGUACACGGAAGGCUACGCCGAGUCGGAUUCGGAGCGCGGCGAAUCGAGGUUUGGGUCACGGAUGGUUUCUCCGUGUAGCGAUACCAUUCCCGAGUCCGACCUAGAGACCUUUUGAGACUUUCUCUUAGCGAUAUAGCCUGCCUCAACCUCACAGGUCAAGACUUAUCCAUAUCAUAAUAUAUGAGAAGGUGGCUUGAUAGUUGAGAUGAGAUGCGAUGGUUGUUUGCCACUUGCUAGGCAUGCCAGCUCCUAGGUGCUCAAGGAAUGCCUACGAGUUUAUCGAGAGAUCUAUCUC